AUGGGGAAAUCUUCAGGGAUUCUCAGCGAUGAGGACCGACCGAGUCCCCCCUCUGACCCUAGGCUGGCUGAUGUGGUCUCUGCCCGCCUGGCACUUUCCCGCCUCUUUAACGUCUCCUCCUCCAGCCGCUGGAUCUGCUUCGGAGGCUCCUAUGCCGGCUCCGUGGCCGCCUGGGCCCGGCUGAAGUUCCCCCAUCUCAUUUUCGCGUCCGUUGCCUCCUCCGCCCCGGUGCGGGCCGUGCUGGAUUUCUCCGAGUAUAAUGACGUGGUAUCCAGAAGCCUAAUGAGCACGGCGAUCGGCGGGUCCCUGGAGUGCCGGGCGGCGGUGUCCGCCGCCUUCGCGGAAGUGGAGCGGCGGCUGCGCUUGGGUGGAGCGGCUCAAGCAGCGUUGCGUACUGAGCUGAGCGCGUGUGGUAUCCUGGGCAGCGCUGAAAACCAGGCAGAGCUGCUGGGGGCGCUGCAGGCACUGGUGGGAGGUGCAGUGCAGUAUGAUGGGCAGGCGGGAGCGCCGCUAAGCGUGCGACAGCUCUGCGGACUUCUCCGGGGCGGGGGCAACCGCACCCACUCCACGCCCUACUGCGGUCUUCGUCGGGCGGUGCAGAUUGUCUUGCACAGCCUGGGCCAGAAGUGUUUAAGCUUUUCCCGAGCAGAGACAGUGGCACAACUGAGGAGCACAGAACCUCAACUGUCCGGUGUGGGUGACCGGCAGUGGUUGUACCAGACAUGUACCGAGUUCGGCUUCUAUGUCACCUGUGAGAAUCCCAGAUGUCCUUUCUCCCAGCUCCCUGCACUGCCCUCCCAGCUAGACCUAUGUGAGAAGGUGUUCGGGCUCUCAGCCUUGUCAGUAGCCCAGGCUGUGGCUCAGACAAACUCCUACUACGGUGGCCAGACCCCUGGGGCUAGCCAAGUGCUGUUUGUUAAUGGGGACACAGACCCCUGGCAUGUGCUAAGUGUAACGCAGGCUUUAGGAUCCUCAGAAUCAGCUCUUCUUAUCCGCACUGGCUCCCACUGCUUGGACAUGGCACCUGAGAGGCCCUCAGACUCCCCCAGCCUCCGCCUAGGGCGCCAGAACAUCUUUCAGCAGCUACAGACCUGGCUCAAGCUAGCAAAGGGGAGCCAGGUUAAGGGUGAGGUCUGA